UCUGCCGCUUAUUUCGUGUUGACAGUGACUCAAGGUACAUACAUACAGGAGCGUAAAAGAGAAUAUCUUAUCCUCUUGGAAGUUAUCAUUAACGUCACUCUUCUUAGAAAUCACAUAUACAAGUCUCAUUAAUAUAAUCACUGUUGUCUUUGUAUCAACCUAACUCACCACUAUGCCAAACCCCGAGUCUCCAAAAAGCCCCACCAGCUCGAAUAGACGAGCUAUCUUGAGGUCAACUGCAAAGGAAACAAAGUCACUGCUGCCUCAAAUAUUAGCUGUUGUUCCACAGGCACCUGCAACUGGGAUUCGUUGCUCACAUGAUAAGAUGCCAAUAUUGGAUUCGAGGUAUAAUCCACGUCUUAGCACCCAGGUCGAAGUUGUGAAUGGAGACGCUUUCAAUAUAGCGAUCAAUCUCGGUAACCGCACGGGAUCCACCACGAGCAUGAACACUGGUAACGUCUGUGUCCUGAACAUGGCUAGUGAGAAGAGGGCAGGUGGUGGUUGGCUUCGAGGAGCCUUAGCUCAGGAGGAGGAGCUUUGUUAUCGCAGUAGUCUUAGUUUUACACUUAAGCUACGAUACUACCCCUUAGGGAGCCGUGAUGCGAUUUACUCUCCGACUGUUAUUGUGUUCCGUGACAGUUUCAAAGACGGGCACAAAUUAAUGGAUCUACAAAAGCCUGAGGUUCUGCCCGUGGUCAGUGUUGUCAGUAUGGCCGCUCUGAGGAGGCCGGAAGUAGAUCGGAGCACACAACCGCCAAGGUACAAACACGUCGCGGAUCGUGCCCUGAUGAAGGACAAAAUGCGUGUGAUACUCCGUAUUGCAGCAUACAACAGGCAUCGGAAUCUUGUCCUAGGUGCUUUUGGCUGUGGUGCUUUCGACAACCCCAAGGAAGAGGUCACUAACUGUUGGGCAGAGGUUUUGCAGGAACCAGAGUUUCAAGGAUGGUGGGAAAACAUGGUGUUUGCGGUUCUGGAAAACACGAUCGAUCUCGCCAAAAGCAAGGGAAACUUUGAUGUUUUCCACACAAGGUUGCAUGGACUUAAUGUGUAACCAACUCAAAUGACAAGGCUAUACGAUCCUCCAACUAUGCAUAUCUCACGGUGUAGUAAACAAUGCCCCAUGUGAGGUUUAGAUGUAACGUACAAAUUCCAAAUAUCAAAGGUCUGAGAAACAGUAAAGGGUAGGCAGUUCGAAGGGUUUACUUCUUGAGCCGAGUUGAGCGCCUUCUUCCCGUAGACGCUUCAUUGUCUAGUUCGGGUUUCUUCUCAUCGGCAGCUUUCUUAGUCGGCUGAGUUUGGUUUUUCGACCCUGAUUUCUUUGGUUUCGGUUCUUCCUCGCUUGCCUCUGCAUCACUUUCAG